AGGAGAGAAAGCGCGGCCGCGCGCAUUUCUCUCCCCGCACCGCUCGGGGCCGCGCCACGGGGGGAGAGGUUAGGGUAUUUAAUCUGGGGUUAGGGGUUGCGCUAGUGGGGGUAAGGAAUUACGGAUGUGAUUAAGGAGGAGGAAGGCGCGGAGGAAGGAAUGAUGUUGCAGAAUGGGCGAUCGAUCGAUGCGGAUGAAGGUUCUUUCCCAUCUUUCUGGAAUGGAGAAAUCGAGAGAGAAGAGGGUUGGAGUUGCAGGAGAUAAACGGACACGUGCGAGACGGGAAAUGAUUAAUCACAGUUUCGAGUCCUCGCGUUUUUCUUUCGGGGCCGGGAGACGGGACGCGACGCCCCGCCUGCGUCUGGGAGCUGGACAAUGCCGCCGCGAGUGAGUGAGUCUGGGCGUUGUUGCGUGAGUUGGAAGUAGUCGGUGCUAAAACGAGAACUGGAUCCUGAGCCAAGGAGGAAGAUGACAAUCGGAGACGAGAACCUUCUAAAUCCGAUGCCAGUGCAGGAUCUCAUCCAUAGAAUCAGUCCGUGACCAGGAAACAGAUUUCGAGCACUGUUUUGACGAGCGGCUUCGGGUCUCGCAGUUUCAGUCGCACAGGGACUGCAACAAGCAACAGACAAUAACGACGACAACAACAACAAGACUACACUACACAGUAGGCCCCGGAGCCCGCAGUUCGGGGACACUGCAGGGUGUCAUGAGGGCAAUUACUGGGGACAAAUUAUUUCACGCAGUUUGGGUCACUGCAGUGUAUGAUCAGAGCAAUUGGGGGGGGGGGGCAAAUUAUUCACGGUUCAGGUGAUUUUGCUUUGUGCACUGUAGUGGGAUAGAUCUCGUUCAUGGUUCCCGUUUGACGGGGAGCCUGGGGCCGUGAUUGGGUCCAUGGGGCACUUCAGGGCAUCAGCGAUUCGGUGAAAACGAGUGGAACUGGAGGCCUGGGCGUUGGUUGCACGUUCUGGAGCAAGUCGUAUGAUGAUGAUGGUGGGGGAUGUUCUAGGCAGGCAAGGCAGGGCAGGGCAAACCUACAGUGAGAUAUUCUGGCGAGUUUGCGUUAUGUGAGUGACCAGAUGGUGCAGAUGGUCCAAGCGGUGGGGAGGAGGCGAUGGAUGAGUUCGUGUGGGGCGCGUUUCUUUGGCCUUUUGGGGGCCUCGGAAGGGUGGCCAAUUGUUCUCUCGGCCUCUCGCCGGGGCUGCUCGACGAAUCUUCCAUCUCGGGCCUUCAAAAGUGCAUGCACAAUUUGUGGGUGAGGAGCCUGACAAAUAUCAAGGUUGUCUCAGUUCUCUUUGUCGCAGUCCGCUGCUGCUUGGACUUUCUGCUCCUGUGAGACGCAGGAAUACGACAUGUCGAGAGCAUAACAUGAUAAAAAGCGACCCCCGCCCACCCCUUCCCACCUCCUUAACCCCAUCCCCCCCUGCAAGUACCACCACUGUACCACCCCCCACCCCCCUCCUCUCAUGAACAUGGCUCGACCUUCGAGAUACGAAGGUGAGGGAGGCCAACCCGAGCACACAACUCCGGAAGGAAGGCAGGCCCCCUCGAAGAUCCAGAUUGGAAGAUUAGAAGCGAGAAACGGAGUCUCGCAGGAGUGAUUGGAUAACCUUAAUGAUCCGUCGAAGGUUGUUGCGGCCAAGAGGUGGGGGUGGAGGGGGUGUUGCCAAGAGUUCUGUGCCAUUAAUAUCCGGAAUAAAAUGGCGGGGGGAAGUUGUAGAGAAUGUGACGGCAGAAUGUGGAGCAACCGAGCAGCAGCAGCAGCUGCAGGAGCCGGUUUGUUGGUCGUGCAAGUCAGAUCGGAUCUAUGGACGGGGGCUAAUGGUGCUAAUGGUGCUAAUGCGCUAAUAAACUUUAUUCGAUCCUGCACAGAUUUGUUCACGGUACUAAACUAAUCCGAUCGCAUUAGCCCCUCUCAUUAGCAUCCAUUAGGCCGGCGCGGAGAAGUUACAGGGCCGCCUACUAGAGCCCGCGGGGCCUAAUUAGACCGAUGGCCCUUUAACACGCCGCCCUCUUCCUACUGCCACAUCAUGUCUAGCGAGGGGGCUGAGUUAGUUUGGGGGGUGCUGUAAUACUCCCCCCCUUAGACCCCUUAGCCCCCUCCUCCGUCACUUAUUAGUGUUUAUGAGUCACUCCCCGUGCCCCUCUCAUUAUUAUCAGCUCCGGGGCUGUGAGCCACCGCGACUGCCCCUCCCUCUUUGGUGGUGGCACCACUACCCCCGCUAAACAUAGCAGAGGGAGCAGGGGCCUGCUCCGGAGCCCCAUACCUUACGCACUAAUGGUAUUUCCCCGAGAGCCAAGUUCGAAGUAGGAAUGGCAGGAGGAUGUUCGCGGCUUCACAGCCUCUAGAGGUCAAGGCAUCAUCGGACGAGGGGGGCCGGCCAUGACUAAUUUAUGAGGAGCCAUUUUGUGGAUAGAUGGGGCGGCAUAUUCGUCGACCACCAUAAUCAACAAUCAAUAACCCAAGGAGGAUGCGAAGGAAUGAUUCGAGGGGAGAGGAGAGGAGGGGGCAGAAUAUGCUCGACUGAAAGCGAGGGGGGUUGAAAAGAGCACAAUUAUGUCCGUCGUUCGUGAUGCCGGUAGCCCCCGAACGUCAUUCGAAGGAAGGCCUUGAAUGAAAUGCGCGUGGCGGUGUGGUGGCUCGCAUCAUCACCGAUUACUCCAUCUCUCCGACCACGACCGCGACCACGGUCACGGUAUAGGUCGUUACGCAUAUGCACUGCCCGCCACACCGAGACCACGUCACAUGUCCAAUCCGAAGACGGCGAUCCACGCCAAUUUGAUGAGGCCGCUGAGUUAGUCUAUCUCUGUAGACCUCGACGAGCCUUUACGCAAAGGUUCUAAUCCCUUUAUUUAACACUAAAAGUGGAGGCGAAAAUGUGAUGAACCUAAACCGCCUUGCAAUGGUACGUGGUGGAAAUCAGCAUCAUCAUCACUGCGGGCGGCGUGGACGCCCUUUUCUGUUCAGUUGUACGCCACCACGUCGAAGCUCUCAACGAGAACACUUAUAGGUUCCAAUUGAUUCAUGUUGAAUUAGAACAUUCAUAGGGUAGGUCUACCUCCCGAGCCCCGAAUCUAGUCCUCCCACCAAAUUGAUGUGGACACUAAACUAGUGCGGUCCCUACGCCGGAUGGAAAGAGGGACUUGUUCAUAUGGCGGGUUUCGGUAGUGGGGAUCAAACUCCGCCUCUGAUCCUCAGCGAAGAUGCUUACGCGGUUAGACUCAUUAAAUUUUGAUUGUCUCAGGAUUAAGGCAGAAAAUAAGGAUUAGAAACCACCGUGGUCAAGGCAUGGAGACCACGGGUUACCUCAGCAGCCGACACGAGUAGAGCUCUUGUGGGCUGCUCUACUUCCUUACCUCUCCCACGCGCCUUCCUCCUCCCUAAUCACAUCCGUCCUUCCUUAACCCGCCGCACCCGUCCCUACUUAACCCCCACCCGUGACCGCCACUAGCUCAACCCUUAACCCCCGCAUGAAGUAAACACCUAAUUGACUCGUGGUGCAAACAUAGUUUAUGGGAUGCGCGACCCAGUUCAGAUCGGAGAGAGUCGAUGUGGAAAUACAGUUACCGCGGUACAAAGACAGGUACCGGGGGUGACUGAGGUGGACAAGACCAACAAUUUACUCGGUCCGAGGGUGGGGUAAAGUGUAAAGAGGAGAAACCAACGGGCAGGCGGAAUUUCCAAGCAUGACUUUGCAGCGCGCGCCACGUCAGUGGUCAGCCGCUCGACAUCCGAGACGCCGCGACGCGAAGCCGUCCGUCCACGGGUGGAGUGUCGGCACGGCUCACUCGGCGACGCGUGGCGCCUGACGUCUCCUCUAUCUCCGGCGACAGUGGACUGUGAGUUGCAAGCCUGAAAAUAUUUGUCGGUGAUCUGGGGCCUCCAUGUCUCGCGGUGGUUCUUGGGGCUUGCCUUCCACUCCCACGCCUCUGGCUCAGCGAAUAGCCACAAGACCUUUUGGGAUGCCCAGAGGCUAGUGACGACGAAACAGCCCCGUUAACUUAUUCGUGACGCAUGCCCCAAUCGCCAUGGACGACAGUUCACAGUCUGAUAUCAGCUGUCCUCGAGCUGUUUAUCCGGGUGUCCAUCCAUGAUGCUGCCUCGAAUGUUCACCGGGCCAAACUCUCCCACUCGACAUUGGACAUUCUGUCCCACCGCCUUGUCCAUUUCAUUCCCGGGUAACCGGGAACGUAGUGGACACCCUCAAAAUCUGAAAGUUACCCAACUGUGGUCAGCUGUUUUCCAGAUAUGCAGUUCAGUUGCUUCUGUAAAAUUAUAGGUGUCGAGAAUUUCAGCAUUCAGUACAUCACAUGAUAGAGCGGCCCUUUGGCCAACAAGAGAAGAAGCCUGAGGCAAUUUCAAAAGUUUGUGUCACAAAAAUUCGAGAAAUAAUGAGGAAGUUCACUUUUCUCCGUUAACUAGAGUUAUGACUUGCUUUCGUUGGGGAGUCUAUUCAUUGUUCUAUAAAAGAGUCCAUCGAACUCCAGCAUGGUUUCCGCUCGUAAUUCAAAUUUCCCAAAUCAUAGCUCUACAGAGAAGAUUUUACUAGAGGAGAGGCGUGAAGCAAAAGAAUAGAAAAAUAAUUAAGACCAAAAACUUACAAAGUGAGAAAUUCACUUGAACUCGGAAGUAUGAUCCACUCGAUUCAAAAGCUCAUAAAUCAAUAAAACCCGGAAUCUCAACAGCGAUGACACGGCAUGAUCAGUAAGUACAGGUAAAAGUACAAUUGUAGGUGCAUGUAUUUCAUUCAAUGCAGUACUUGAACCUAAAGAUAACUGAGAUU